CCGGAAGGUGGUGGUGUUGCGACGCUUCAGAGCCUGCCAGAAUGGAGCGAGGCCCCUCUUUCCGGGCGGGGGAGGGGGGCGGGGGAGCGGGGACAACUAGCUGCGGUUUCGAGCGCUGCUACUAGAGAAGGGAAGAGGCGGAGAGGCCGCCCGGGCUUCUUCCUCUCCCUCCGCAGGCCCCGCCGCAGAGAGCGCGAGCGGGGCAGUGGUGGUGGUAGCUGGAGCACGGGCUGAGGCGGGGCUUGUCGCCGCGCUGUGCCCGCCAUGGCGAUCCGCAAGAAGAGCAACAAGAACCCGCCCGUGUUCAGCCACGAGUUCGUCGUGCAGAACCAUGCGGACAUUGUCUCCUGCAUGGCUAUGAUCUUUCUGCUGGGGCUCAUGUUCGAGGUCACAGCAAAAGUAGCUGUUGUCUUUGUUACUCUUCAGUACAAUGUUACUAUUCCUGCCACAGAAGAACCAUCUACAGACACAGUCACGUUGUAUCACUAUGGUAUCAAAGAUCUGGCUACUGUUUUCUUCUACAUGCUGGUGGCAAUAAUCAUACAUGCUAUUAUUCAAGAAUACGUAUUAGAUAAAAUUAACAGGAAAAUGCACUUUUCCAAAACAAAACACAGCAAGUUCAAUGAAUCUGGACAACUAAGUGCAUUCUACCUUUUCUCCUGUGUGUGGGGGACAAGCAUUCUUGUGUCUGAAAACUAUGUAUCUGAUCCAACCUCUCUCUGGAGGGACUAUCCGCAUACAUCAAUGCCGUUUCAGAUGAAGUUUUUUUACAUCUCUCAACUAGCUUACUGGUUCCAUGCUUUUCCAGAACUUUAUUUCCAGAAGACAAAGAAAGAGGACAUUCCUCGCCAACUUGUCUACAUUGGACUUUAUCUUUUCCAUAUUACUGGAGCUUAUCUGUUGAAUUUGACUCACCUUGGGCUUGUCCUUCUUGUGUUACAUUACGUUGUGGAAUUUCUGUUCCACAUUUCCAGACUAUUCUACUUCAGUGACGAAAAAUAUCAGAAAGGGUUUUCACUGUGGGCCGUUCUCUUUGUUCUGGGAAGACUCCUAACAUUGAUCCUUUCUGUCCUUACUGUUGGAUUUGGCCUUACGAGAGCAGAGAAUCAAACACUGGAUCUUAGUACUGGAAAUUUCAAUGUGCUACCAAUCAGAAUCAGUGUGCUGGCUUCCAUCUGUUUAACACAGGCCUUUAUGAUGUGGAAGUUCAUUAAUUUCCAACUGAGAAGGUGGAGAGAACAUUCUUUGCCUCCCCAGCCAGUGAAAAAGAAGUUUGUAACGGCUAAAGGCAAGCCCUCCAGAAAAGAAAGAGAAAAUGGAAUAAAUGGAACAUUAACCUCAAAUGGAGCAGACUCACCUCGCAGCAGGAAAGAAAAAUCAUCUUAAAACAGAAUUUUAUUAAGUUAAUUGACUAAUAUCCCCAAAGAGAACUUUUUACUUUGGAAAGUCCUUCAGCACCAGAGUUCCUAAUGUUAACAAAAAUAAAAUAAAAAUAAUGCUUUUUUUGAUUAUUGCUACCAUAAUGUUUUAUGCAACUUUUAAAAAUGUUUUAACUCAAAAGUGGGGGCCACAUUUUUUUUUAUAUCUUUGGAAAUGUUUUUGAGUACUGAUUGAAAUCCACUUGUCAAAAUCAGUGACACAAUCUGGCAUUCCUUCUAGCUUUACAGUGGUGAAUAAAGUCCAUUCCAAAAAUGA